GAUCUCUUGGAAUAAGCUGUUGAACUGAUCGGCAGUGUUUCUCACUGGUUUCUAAAUAACUGCAGUAGGCGAAGUAAGUUGUAUUGUUUUCUCUCUUGCAUGAAUUAGCUUAAUGGCACUAUAGUGAGACGAACAUUUGUUGCUCGAUGCGGUUUAAUACGUCCGUAGUAUUAAACAUUAUGAAAGCAUCUUGUUAAUGUAGUAUUAAAAAUUUUAUCACCCACACUAUCGGAAUACUUAAACACACAGUGAAAUUUCCUUGUUUAUAAAAUAUUCGAGAUUGAAUUUUAAUAUUUCGGUCUCUGGUGCCUCUGCUCGCAGGUAAUUGAUUAUGGAUGAACUUGCCGUAAAAAGAUUGCAAUUCCACAAAGUUCGGCCGUAUUCUUCCUCGACCGAAAAGAAUUAAAAACCAAACGGAAAAGAGGAUACUCUUUAGAAAGAAAUACUACAAUUCAGUAAAGUUUUAACCUUUGUGAUGAUUUCACCGGGUAAAGAAGAGCUUUCUGUGUGCCCUUGAGUGACCUUUGAUGAAAAGGGUCUUCAAACCCCCUGAUUGAUUAUGUAACACAUGGUCAUACCACGCCGUCACGUUAAAACUAAUUUACUAUUCCAGUAUCUGACCGAUAGUUUGUCAUGCGCGCGGCAUGAACAGAGAGCUCAAGGAUUUUCAAUUCACCUUUAGCACAGAAUUGAAUAAAUAACUUUUCGAUAUUUUGAACAAGUUUUCAACUGCGGCCAGAUAAAAACUUGGAAGUUUGAAGAAGGGAUUUAUUGACUUCAAAAAACAAACAAACAAGCAAAUACAGUAAUAAGAUUGCAUAACAGCAGUUAACAGGGUUGUGGGCUCGCUCCUGUGCAUAUUAAUUACUUAACUAUUUGCCGUAGUAUUCUAGACUAUGUAACACUUCUUGAAGUGUCAAUGCACAGUCACUGAGCAUAUGAAGAAUUAACUUGUUCCAGGCUCCUAGGAAAUCGGGUCCGAGAAACUGAGAAAGUGUGAACACGAAUAUGUGGGGCUUAGUCCCGGAGGGGGGGUACUUUAGGAAUUUCUGGGUGGGGAUGUGCCGCUGGGACCCUGGAACCCAUAACCUGUACCAGAGCUACUUCAGCUGAAUUUUACUACCCUAUACUAGAGUAAACUCCCCAAAUCCCCCCUGUCCUAGAGUAGCUGUUUCCCUAGUCUAGAUAAAAUCUUCAACCAACUGAUCAGUUUCCUAAAAAAUGAUACCCUAUUCUAGACCCAAACGCUCUGAUUUAUAUACCCUAUCCUAGAGUAAACUGCUUGAAAACCAUACCCUUCACAGCGGCACAUACCUAUAUAGCCCAUAUAUGGCAGUGCCCCCCCCCCGGGGGGGGGGCUUACUACUGUACUGUAGGCAGGGCACCCAACGGCAAUUUUCGGGAAAAUAUCUGUUCGGAAGACGAUUUGAGAACUAGAAUUUUCGGAACAUUUGUUGUAAAAUUUCUUGCUUGCCUGCCUCUCCUAGGAGUUUCGAACAUCUACAAAAUGGUAUAAUUACCCAUUUUAAACGGAUAUUUACCCUAAAAAAGGCCACCUAGAAUUUUCGGGAGCCUUUUCCUGGCUGAAAUUUUCGAAAAGCUAAGUUUUGAUCCCUAUAAUUUUCGGAUCACUAGACUUUCAGCUAGGAAAUCCGAACAGAUGAAAAAUUUUUAGGGGAUAAAAAUAUGCCUAUAUCUACCUUUUAAAUACUAAAAUACAUUCAACAAUGCUAUGUUAAGUGGUUUUGAACUAUAUCCUCGUUGGGUGCUCAUGUGUAGGGUUCGCAUAGUCUUGAAAAGUCCUUGAAUUUUAGGGGGAGUCCUUGAAAAGUCAUUAAAUUUUCUUCAACUUUGAAUGUAAUGGCCUGAAAAGGAUUUUUAAUGCAUUUUGGUUUUCCAAGACAGAAUAUAAAUCAUAGCUCAAAGAAGUUAUUGGUGAUUUACAUACAGCGUCUUUCGUUUUAUGCAAGAAUUAACUAUAUAAAUUUAAGACAAGUGAACUGACAAAUGUUGCUGAAGCAAACAGUUAAGCCUUAAAGUGCGUUUAAAAUGGACCGGGAAUGUGCUUUUUUUUUGUACAGUGUGUGAAAUUACAUUCCUGGUAGGCGGUCCAUGAAACCUGAAAAGUCCUUAAAAAAUGGUCGCAAUUUUUUGCAUGAACCUGUGUACAUGUAUGACGUGAUCUUCCAGGGGGGCUACUCGGGAUUUCAAGUGACGGGGAUAAUCGGAGGAUUUUUUUGGGUUUAACAUUUUCCAUUCCGGGAGUUUUUUUGGUAUGAAAAUUUGGCUUGGGUAGCUUGACUUGAGUAGGGAUUUUUUGGGGGUAUUAAAAAGAAUCAGAUGAGAAAAAGGAUAUAUUCAGAUGGUAUGAUGAAUAAACAAACACGAGUGUUCAAUUUCCAAUGUUUUUCUUUGUGUUAUCGCAUUUCCCCUUUCUAGAACACUUAAGGGCCACAAAAUCGGCAUGGGAUAUUUUUGGGGUGAAUUUUUGGUCCAGGGAUUUUUUGGAUUUUGCUGGAAGCCCUAGGGAUUUUUUUGGGUCUUGACUUUUAGUAGUCUCCUUCGCAGCCGUUAUUAGGGUCGUCACUCGUCACGCAACGCUCCUCCCCACUAGUGGGGAGGAGCGUUGCGUGACGAGUGACGACCCUAAUAACGGCUGCGAAGGAGGCUAGACUUUUAGCUCCAUUCGAUCAUCCCCGUCACUUGAAAUCCCGAGUACCCCCCUGGGCGUGAUCUUGGCCUGCCACUAAGUAGUCUCCCUCGGGGCCGGUUUUUUGGAUGUCACGCAAGGCUUUGCGUGACAUGCAAAAAACGGCUGCGAGGGAGACUAGCCACUAAGUGACUCUGUGGUUAUAUUUUAAACUGUAGCUUAUGAUUCUACUCGGCAAAAUGGUUAAUCAACCCUUGGACCCUGAUCGUUCCUUUUAAGAAAUAUUUACAGCGCAGGCAAUUUGCAACCUUUAUACCUAAAAUUCUCUUUUUUUCUAGACAGACUAAAAAGAGGCACCAUGGCACCAAACAUUGCUCAUCGAAAGGCUGCAGUUGUAACGGAAUCAGGGGAAACAUUCUCCAAGGGGGCGGAAAAGAAAACUUUUAUCACCGAGCAGACGCUCAAAGAGCACAACGGCGUGAAUGGAUCUCCUUCAUGGAUAGCAAUCAAGAACAAAGUUUACGACGUAACAGGAUUUGGUCGGGAGCAUCCCGGCGGAAGUAUCAUCUUCACCCAUGCGGGGCUGGAUGCAACGGACGUGUUCAAUGCUUUCCACCCUGCAUCUGUUUACAAAUGGCUGCCUCGGUUUUAUGUUGGAGAACUGGUGAGAGAUCCCUGCUCCGAUCCCUCUGAUGCCAAAAAGGAAAUGGAAUAUAGACGGGAUAUUACAGAGAUGAAAUCAGAGCUGUUGAAAGCGCGCGCAUUUCAAUCUUCUAAGCUGUAUUACGCCUUCAAGGUAGUAUCAAAUGCUGCAAUACUUGCCGCAGCCAUUGCUGCCAUUAAAGUGCUCAAUGGCAUGACCGGAGCAGUAAUAGGCGGUGUUCUUCUCGCUCUCUUCUGGCAGCAAUGUGGAUGGCUUGCCCACGAUUUUCUUCAUCAUCAAGUGUUUACUAAUCGCUUCUAUAACAAUCUUGCUGGGCUGGGUGUCGGGAACAUCUGGCAGGGUUUCUCUACUUCUUGGUGGAAAAUGAAGCACAAUCACCAUCACGCUUCACCAAAUGUGGUACAUACCCAGGCAGGUGGCGAUCCUGAUAUCCUGACAAUGCCAUUGCUGUUAUGGUCUGAGAAGAUCAUUGAAGGCGACUCCGAAGAGCUGAAGGAUCUUCCCAGAUUCUUGAUCAGACAUCAGAAGUUCUUUUAUUUGCCGCUUUUAGCUGCUGCGCGUUUAUCGUGGCUGCUGCAGUCCCUAAUGUUCCAGCUUGAACCCGUUCACCAGUUUGUUGGGGGCCUACCGAUGAAGAUCGCAGAGAUAGUCACUAUUGGUAUCCAUUACGUUGCAGUGGUGUAUAUCACGUUGCUAUUAGAAACGGCUGCCUCACGAAUCGUCUUCUUGUUAGUCUGUCAGUCACUCGGGGGCCUGUUCAUCGCUGUUGUGUUUACUGUCGGUCAUAACGCCAUGCACAUCUUCACAACCGAGGAAAUGAAAAACACUGACUUCGUCCGCCUACAGGUUCGCUCCACGCGUGAUAUCACGCCUACGGUAUUCAACAUGUGGUUCAGCGGUGGUCUUGCAUAUCAAGUGGAACAUCAUAUAUGGCCGACCCUGCCACGUCAUAGCUUGCCUCUGGCGUCAAAGAUUCUUCAGAGAUUUUGUUCAAAGUACAAUAUUCCCUACACAGUCGAGGGACUGGUCAAAGGAAACUUAGCGGUUUGUAAGUUGUUAUCUGAUGUCGGUAAAGAGUUUUAG